UUUAUUCUUUCUCGAAGUCCACUCUCUUUCUUUACUGUCCAUUUUAGUUAAUGUGUUUGUCCCUGAAUAAUCGCCUUUAAAAUUCACACCGAAUUUCUUAAUUGUCACUCCUUCUCUCUUCUCUCUCUUUUUAAACCUCUGUUUCCUCAUUCUUAACAUCAUUUAUUAAUAUACCACAUCAUCACGCCACAAAAGUCCGCGGACUCGAAUAUUCACCCCCCCCUUCCCCCUCCCCCAUCUUUGCCUCAUACCACUACCUACACACAGACUUUUUUUAUCUAUCUCUCUCUCUUUCUAUCUAUCUAUCUAUUUAUCAUUUUAUCUAUUUCAUUGGCAAGAAAGCUUUAGAUUGUGCCAUCUGUAUUUUUCCUUUCACGAUGGAACACGGACUUCCAGUUGUCUGCACUGUCAGAGUGAUCUACGCCUUCACGGCAAAAGAGGAAGGCGACCUUACUAUAAACAAAGGUGACAUUAUCAAGGUGCAUGACAAUGAUGGUGGAUGGUGGAAAGGCACUCUUCUUCCCGACGGUAUUUAUGGCAACUUCCCCUCCAACUUUGUUGAAGUCAUUAGCACAAAUGACGAUGAUUCAGAAAGAAGUUCGCCCCGCUCACAACCCCAAAGCUAUCGGCGACAACACUCGCGUCAAAGUUCUGUUGAUAGCUCAAAGUUUACAAAGCGCAAACCUGUCAAUACAAUGUUGAGCAAUACGAAUGGUACAAAUAAGACAGGGCUAACCAGCAGUAGUGCCUCACAUUUACCUUAUUCUGGAUCUACUAAUGCAUCUAGUAUUUCUCUCGGCGCUACAUCCAGAAAGAACCCACAAGCAAUCAUUGGUGACUCGGGUCUAUGCACAACUCUGCCAGGGGCAUUUCCAAUUGCAUCAGACACUGAGAAAGAGCCAUAUCUUGAUUCUCCAGGGAUUCAGAGUGAUGCAGACUAUCAUUUAGAGUACACUUCAAACCAACGAAGAAACAGUACUAGCUCUGCGUUAAUGGAUCCAUCAAGUCCUGUUCAUACGACGACGUAUGCUGCAGCUGAGAGCGCGGUUAGGCAAGUAUCGAACCGCUAUUCAAUGCCUAAUUUAACGGAUGAUACAAGAACGCAGCAACGACAUCAUCCACAACAUCGUUCAAGAGACUUCACUCGGCCUGCGUCUGCCAUGUACCUCCAAGAGUCUGACAUGGGAAAUAAGAACUCUUCAAGUAUAUGGCGUGGUAAUUCAUCCGGUGUCAGCCUUGCCGCAUAUAGCGAUUAUGGUGACUUCCAAAACCAGGAACUUCAGGAUGAUCAGGAUUAUUCAGAAGAACAGCACCAUGUUGAAUCUGAAAUAUUACCUACGCAACAAUACGAUUCAUUUGCCGGAGCACCCGUGCAAGGACAUACCAACGAGAGCCUUCGAUACCGACCAAGCUAUAGGCACAGUGGUGUAUCCACCGGUUCAGCUCCGUUUGAUUAUGCUCCACAACAACAUCAACAACAGCAGCAGAGUAUUUACUCAACCAAUUUAUCAGAAUUAUCUCUGGAAAAUCUCGCUAAGCAUAAUCGCUCCCAAGGAGCAUUGGAUAAACCCAAGUCUCAAGGAACGUAUGGCGGCGGUCAUCGGCGUAAUUUGAGUCAGGUUAGUUUAAAGCCCGAGGGAAGUGCCGCAUUUAAUCCCUACGAUCAUCAAGCACAAAUGUAUCAAGCAGAGCACCAGUCAACAUUCCCAGUGUCAGCGCGCCGCUCGUCUUUGCCACGGGCCCCAAGCAUUGUGAUCCCGCAACCGAAAGCACGGCCCCACUCGGCUUAUGCUCUUUCUGCCCCGUUUCAAUUUUCCCCUACAGAGAGUUCGCCGUCAAGUUAUAGUGCAGCUCAAAUGCAUCAGCUAUCAAGGUCACCUUCAUCCUCUGCUACAGCGGACUCGAAAGGGACUGCAGAGACUCUAUCGAGUGGAGGUACGGCUAUGUCUGGAGCUUCCGCUAUUGGGACAAGGGACGUCAGGCGGAAGAGUGAAACAGCCCGGAUGCCUCAGAGUAAUUUAAUGACUGCAUCAAACUUCGCUACGAGGAGGUUUUCAGUCGAUGCCAAGGAUCCCCUGACCUCUGCUUCAGUAGUGGGAGUAUCUGGGACAGGGGAGUCAGCCGCUGGAGAUAAAGCAAUGGAUGAUGCAUCAAUGUCUGAAAAUCUUGAGUCUUUAGGCGCCUACACCGCUAAGAAACCCAAAGCGUCACUAAUGCGUGCGUUCAAGCAGAUCCUUAAUCCCAAAAAAGUUGCCGAAAAGGACGCAAUUCGUAAUAAGAAUGAGCAUUUUGCCUGGAUUGAGAUGCAAAAGAGCUUGAAGCGGGUUCACUCUCCAGAACCAGGCAAGGAGGAUACCCAAUUUUUCGCUGAUGAGGAUAGUGCUCAAGAGAAUCAAGAUCCAUUCGAAAUAGUGAAGCGGUGCCAGCCGAUGAGAGAUAGCCCUCCUGUUCCUGGUGGCAUCACUUCAAACAACGCUCUCGAGCUUGGACCUAUCUCCAUUAUCCAAACUACGUGUCUUAUUUAUCUGGGUUAGUGAAAACAUUAAGCUUGAGGGUGGUCCUGGUCGAGAUGUCUCUGGUGGACGAUACAAGUUGGGGCCAGCAGAUGAGCAUAUGGCGGCCUUGAAUACCAUGGCAAAUAGCAAUGGUAUUGCUGCAAGUGGCUCGCAUGUCCUGCGUUCCGGUGCUAUGGCACCACUUCCAGCGGUGUUCAUGGAAGGCGUGGACGACUACGUGCGUGGAUUUCUUCAAGAAGACAUGCCAGAGCUCGCUCAGGAUGUAUUGACAAGCAGAACAUGCAAGACAGGAGAGGGUUUUGC